AUGCCAGCCUCUCCUGGUACAGCCGCGAAGCAAGAUAAGAGCAACAUGUCGUCCCGUUUACUUGGCAUGAAAUUCAUGCAACGGGCUGCAGCAUCGAAAGCACGUGCAACACCAGACAACAUCAAGUCCCCUUCACCUGAAGACGAGACAUAUAGCCCCAAGCGCCAACGCCAGUCAACCGAUCCCAACAGCUCUUCGACCCCACAAUCCGAUCUUGAUGCUAUCGCCGCCGCACUUGCCGCCGAAGAGCAGAAACGACAAGAAGUUAUGGCACGGAAGGCUGCCGAAGUAGGCGAAACUCAAUGGGUGUUGGAUAUGCCCGCCGCGACUCCUCCUCAGCCCCAGUCCUAUGUCAUGGCGACCGAAUCGCUAGACGCCGACGAUGGCCUAUCCUUUGGAGGUAGGAGGUCGUUCGGAAACUUCAAGCGCAAGGAGCCGACUCCUCCCCCCGUUGCCAAAGUCGAUGUGGGCCAGGAAGCUAAACCUAAGCUGUCUCAGAUCAGCAGUAUAUCAGGCGCUGGUGGUCGGGCCCCGGUAUGGGGAGCACCAACACAAAAGAAGAAGAAGCGCAAGAGCGGCCAAUAA